AGAAUUGGUACUAUACAGGGUGUCGUUCACACUUUUGUGUUAAAUGGGAGGCUUGAUUCAAUUUGAUUUAAUCCACUCAUUCUAAUUGAAUUAUUUUCCAAGUGCUGGCCCCUCCCUGUUACCGCCUCUAUUUGCAUAUCUCCGGGACUAUUGCACUGAUUGGCGACUCUAUGUUCAAUGAAGAGCUCUCGGCUCAUAUUCCAGGAGCUCUCAGACAGCAAGACAGUCGGAUUCAAGGAGCUAAAAGUACAGUGAAGAGAGCGAGCUGUCUCCUCGCACUCUGGAUGACCAAUUGAGGGCUACCGUCAAUGAAAGAAGCGACUAGGCAUCAGGACCGAGAUCAGAGCAUGGAGAAUCAAAUCGCUCGUUGCAAGAUUGUCGUAGUUGGGGAUGCACAGUGUGGAAAAACUACUUUAUUACAUGUAUUUGCUAAGGAUUGUUAUCCCGAGAAUUAUGUUCCUACUGUGUUUGAGAACUACACGGCGAGUUUUGAAAUUGACAAGCAAAGAAUCGAGUUGAACAUGUGGGACACUUCAGGAUCAGCGUAUUAUGACAAUGUUCGCCCACUGGCCUACCCUGACUCAGACGCUGUGCUAAUCUGUUUUGACAUCAGUCGUCCGGAGACUCUAGACAGUGUCUUAAAGAAGUGGCAAAGCGAGACUCAAGAAUUCUGUCCCAGUGCUAAAGUGCUCGUGGUCGGGUGUAAGAUCGACAUGAGGACAGAUCUGAAUGUGCUGAGGGAACUUUCAAAGCAGAGGCUUAUUCCAGUUACGCAUGAACAGGGCAGUACAGUGGCUCGCCAAAUAGGAGCAACAGCCUAUGUGGAAUGUUCAUCUAAAGUUUCUGAGAACAGUGUCCGUGAUGUAUUUCAUGUUACGACCCUGGCUUCUGUAAAUAAGAUGCAGAAAAAUCUGAAACGCAGCAAUUCCAAGCGAGGAUUAAAGAGAGUGUCGCAAACGCCUGGGAGGACUGACUUACUGGAUGACUCCGAGAUCAGAAAGGACCGGGCUAAAAGUUGCUCCGUGAUGUGAAGAACAAACUUAUCAUUAUUUGUAUUUAUUGUGCAUUUUGUACAGUAAACUGGCACAGAAGCAACAGGAUUGUUGCCUAGCCCAAGGUCGGCUAAGGCUUUUCCUUCAGCCUAGGCCUCAAAACUGGCUAUUCCUGAAUCCAGAGAACUGUUGCUUAUUUAUGAGGCUUGCAGAUUGUAUUGGCUUCUUGUGGAAAGGAACUAAUGAAGAGGAAGAUUAACCAAGUGUUUGAAUGUUUGUGAAACUGUAUUGUUAAGGGAGAUGUGGGCUGUUUGUUGAGAGCUGGAUUUCUACGAGGACCAUGGGAGCGAUUGUUGGCAGUGAUAGCUUUUUUUUGUGUUGUGUAGUAAAAGUCUAUGACACUCACUUUGAGUUUGUCUUAAAAGGCAAUACUCUAUUGGGCUCUAACAAAUACACAAACUAUAAUGUCACAAUUAUUUCAUUAUCUUCAGAAUUUAAGCAUUUACAUCCAUAGUUUUAUUGAACUUGCAUAGACUCUGAUAGAGAAUUAUGUGCAAGUUUAUCAUUGCUAAUCCAUUACGAGACUUCAUAUUCCUCAAAGUGAUAAAGAACUUACAAAAACGACUGAAACUUUCCUCUGGUGUGACUGUGCCUUCGUAACUCAAUGAUGGAAAGCUUGCUGCUAAUCCUGUACUGGCCUACUCUGACCUACAGAAAACUUAUACUUUUUGUAUUGGGGUGAGUCCCCAGUAUUAAAGGUUUUGUCUUAAAUUAGCUCUCCUUCCAAAUGUUUCGGGAUCAGGGUAGAUUUUCUGUAGCAGUGCAUCUCAAUCAAAAUAUUAGUGAUUUGAUAUUUCUAUUUUAAAUGAGACACUGGCUGGACAGAAUCAUGGCUGCAGUAUGUAUUUUCUUUCACAAUCAUAUGCUCAAUACUAUGAUUUAGACAGGUGCAGUAUCAGAAUACAUUGCAUUAAUUGAUUAGUUGUGAAUUGAUGAUUUUGUCCCCCAAGUAAAACACCUCGUCAGACUCUCUGAAUUUCUACGGCAAGGAUCAGAUUUGUAUCAGCAACUGGCAUCUGUGAAUGGCCCUUUUUGAAGACAGACCCCUAAAUGGCCAACACAUUACCUGUUAGAAAUAGCCAAUGGGCAACUCUGGGUUAAAAGAGCUACAUUCAUAUAAUUUGCCCGUGAGCACUUUGGUAGCACAAGCGUAACUGAAGGAAAAAUCAAAGAUGACCUUAUGUGUAACCUAAGCUUCCUGUGACAGUUGUCACUGGGUUUGCUGCACUGAGAUGAAAUUGUGUGAUCAUUACAUAAUGUACAUGAGCUGACUAUCAAACCACCUUGUCAUUCUCCUCAAGGGCAUGUGGUGAGACAGAGCUGAUUGUAACCUCCACUGCUGAGAGUGGUCAGGUAUGAUACUGACUCAGCCUGCAGUGUGUCAGCCCAUCUUGAAUUGCUUCAAUAUUUUUUCAUUUUACAAUAAAUAAUUCCAUCACUUUGAAAAUCAGAUGAUCUGUGUUACCAAUUAGUGAACCAUUAACUGAGGAAUUCAUGUUCUACUGUAAUAGGUCUUGUCUACUAAUGGUGUUUCCAGGUCAAACCAUAUCUUAGAAACAGAAAUAUAUUUUAAGCCUCAGAACUGUUGAUUCUCUGUAUAUUGCUUGAUAACAGAAACUGUCAUUUAAUUAAACAAAACACACCUUCAAUAAAAUAACA